CAUCAGGGGAUUCAAUGACUUCAAUGUCGUAUCAAUAUUUGAUUGGUUUGACAACUGACACUAACAUAAUCGAUGAAAUAUGUGAAGCAAUUUCGAAUUGCCUGCGAGAGGUUGUGCUUAAAGAGUCUAUAGAAACUGAUGAAUGACGUAGAAUCGCUAAAAAUUUUGAAAAUACUUGGAAUUUUGUACAUUGUAUUGGAGCAAUCGAUGGAAAACAUGUUAUGAUACAGUGCCCUAAUAAUGCCGGUUCGCUGUAUUUUAAUUACAAACACUGGAACAGCAUAGUAUUGCUUGGAAUCUGCAACGCUGAAUACAUUUUUACGUUUGUUGAUAUUGGAGCUUAUGGCCGACGUAGUGAUGGGGGAAUUUUCAAGGAUUCUGUGAUAGGAAAUUUGUUUGAAAAAAAAAAAAUUAAUUUACCCGAGUCAGAGUCAAUUUCACCUGGCGGGAAGUUUUUGUCCUACAUUCUCGUAGGAGAUGAAGCAUUCCAAUUGGCAGAAUAUUUACUGCGCCCAUACCCUGGAAAAUAUUUAAACAUCGAACGUAGAAUAUUCAACUAUCGAUUCAGUCAUGCUAGGAGAACAAUAGAGAACACUUUCGGGAUUCUAGUCAGCAGAUGGAGAAUAUUAAAACGAUCUAUAAUUUGUAGUGUCGAAAAAACAAUAAAAAUAGUUCAAGCCAUUGUGUGUCUCCAUAAUUGGCUUCGUAUUGCAGACAUUGAUGAGAAUCAGUAUGUUCCUCCCUCUAUGGUAGAUCAGUAUACCUCAGAUGGCGAGGUUCCUGGUUCGUGGAGGAAUUUUACAGAAGGAAGUGCAUUGCACGACAUAGGUAAAUUUGGUUCAAAUAAUAGCAGUCGUCGAGCGCAGGGUAUUCGAGAUGAAUUUUUCAACUAUUUUUAUGGUGAAGGAGCAAUUCCCUGGCAGUUUGAUUGUUUGUAA